AUGCAAGGCAUGCUCGGCGCACUUCGACAAGGACCGGCCGCUCCUGACUAUAGGGCGAAGGUGCCUUACGCCUUGCAGGCCGUCACGCCUGCCUGCUGGCACAGGCUGUCUUUGCGAACGCUCGUCCAGGUCCCUCAGCAGAGGUCCCCCGGUAAAGGUUGUCAAAACCGCCCCUCCCGCGAGGGGCUCGCUAUGCGGGUUCUCUCAGGUGCCGCCCGAGGGGCUUCCGAGGAAGGGUGGCUGGACUACCCCUACACUGCUGGCCCGCAGCGGAAGGGGGUUCCACUCCGUCCCCCGCGAAAGCGGGUUCCACUCGGUUACCCGGCCGCGGGAAAGGAAGGAGGAGCCGAGCAUGGAUGCGCCAAUCGCAAUUCACAGGUUGACGCGAAAGAGAGCGAGUGCUUCAAGCCCGUCGUUGCGUUGCUGCAAAUCGCGGAUCUCCCCUCUGCACCCGCCGUUCGACCUGAUCUGAGGGCGCGGAACCUCUCUGGGCGCGCCUUUCUGCUGCAUCUCGGCGACCACGUCGUGCACGACGACGUCGACCGCGCCAGCCUCGCCACUAUCGAGGCCAAGUACGAGGACGGCGACACGAUCCCUGAUGACGAGACCGUCGACUUCGACGUUUACCGCCGCCAGUCGAUGAUGCUGACGAGAGCACGGACGGGUACGAUCAAGGCCACGCGUAUAUUUCGUGCAUCGUCCUGUCUGGCUCCGAGGAGCAGUUCGGCGUCGCUGCUUUGCUUGACGAGGCAAACUGGGCAAGGUUCUUGA